AUUUCAAUAUGUAAUUAAAAAUUGGCAAGAAAAUGAAGUUGUAAUAAAAGCUUAUUUAAAUAGAGAAAAAUAAUUUAUUUUUUGGCAUUAAUAAAAUAAAAAAAUAACCUCAUUCUUCCGAAACUCUCUCACAACACUCCCACCCACGCCAAUGGCGAUCGCCGCCGCCGUAACGCUGCCACACACAGCCGUCAACCGCCGCAAUUCGCCGUCACCGUAUUCGGCUUCUUUCGAUAGCUUCCGGAUCUCUUCUUCUUCCUUUAAGCAACCAAUUUCUCUGAAACCAAUCGCCAUUAAACCUGAUUUCCGCGUCUUCUCUACUAUGACCAUUCACCCCACGGAGAAAAGCUCUCAAACUUCUCUCCUCAAUCAUAGAAAACAAGGUCAAAUUCUUCAUUUCGUCAAGUAUCACGGACUCGGCAAUGAUUUCAUACUGGUCGACAAUCGGGAUUCGACGGAGCCUAAAAUAAGCCCCGAGCAAGCGGUGAAAUUGUGUGAUAGAAACUUUGGGAUAGGAGGUGAUGGAGUCAUAUUUGCAAUGCCAGGCACUAAUGGCACUGAUUAUACCAUGAGGAUAUUUAACUCCGACGGUAGUGAACCCGAGAUGUGCGGUAAUGGAGUCCGAUGCUUCGCCAGAUAUAUAGCCGAGCUUGAAAACCUGUCGGGAAAGCAAAGUUUCACUGUGCAUACUGGAGCUGGCUUAAUUGUUCCUGAAAUUCAAGAAGAUGGAAAGGUCAAAGUUGAUAUGGGUGAGCCAAUUCUCACGGCAUCAGAUGUUCCGACAAUAAUAACUCCAAAUAAAAACGAGUCUGUCGUGAAGGCAAAAUUAGGUGUAGAUGGGUUGAUUUGGAAUGUGACCUGUGUUAGCAUGGGAAAUCCUCACUGCAUCACUUUCGGUACAGAAUCGAGCGAGGAUUUGGUAGUAGAUGAACUAAACUUAUCAGAAAUCGGCCCCAAAUUCGAACAUCAUACGAUGUUCCCUGCUCGAACCAACACAGAAUUUGUCCAAGUCUUGUCUCCAAGUCACCUGAAAAUGCGUGUUUGGGAGCGUGGCGCAGGUGCAACGUUAGCCUGUGGAACAGGCGCUUGUGCUGUUGUUGUUGCUGCAGUUCUCGAGGGUCUUGCUGAAAGAAGUUGCAGAGUGGAAUUGCCUGGAGGGCCGUUGGACAUAGAGUGGAGAGAAGAAGACAAUCACAUCUACAUGACGGGCCCCGCCCAAAUUGUAUUUUACGGAUCAGUUCCUCUCUGAGGGAUUUUAUCGAAACCGUUCCUAAAUUAUAUUCCUUAUUUCGAGCUACAUUGUGAAUGAAUAACGAUUAAUAUUCUCUCGUUGCGAUUUCUAGUUGUCGUGUGUAAUGGGGAAUACUUUUUUGCUAUGUGCUUUAUUUGAAAUGAGUGAGAUACCCGACUCUUUCUCUCCGUUAUCUU